AUGCCCUCACUGCCCGAAGCCAGCAAUGGCGAGACCAGAAGCAGUCCGCUGCUGUGGCGCAUCAUGAAAUUCUUCCUCCGACCCUUUCGCGGCCCCAUCGAUCGUGCCCGUCGUGCUUCUCGCGCCGCCGCAUACCCCAUCGAGGGCAUCUACUACUUUCUGCGCCAUCCCGAAUUCUACCCCGUAUUCCUAGGCCGUUUGCUUCCGCUGUCCAUCAUCUCGUUCCUGGUGUAUCUGCUCCUCUUUACUUUUGCCUUUAUUCCCCAGCUCCUCUUCUUGAUGAUCUUCCAGGGAAAGGCAGGAGCUUGGUUCAAUGCGAUAGUGCUCGUGCUUGGAGAGGGCCAUGUGGUGAUUCAGGGUCUGUUUGAGGGCUUCUUUGUCGACGAGGCCCAAGUGGAUAUCUUUGACGCGACGCUAAUCAACCAUGGUCUGACCGACCUUGUCGCGCCCCAUCGUCUGCUCUUCCCCGAUGCGCCCACAUCCGUCAAGAUGUUGGGCAAGCCGACCACCAAGGCCGAGUUCCAACCUUUCAGUCUAAAACAAAUCAUGGAGCUGAUUGUCUUUCUGCCGCUCAACCUGAUACCGUACGGUGGCACGGUUGCCUUUCUCAUGAUUACCGGUGCUCGAUACGGAAAGCUGUCGCAUCACAGAUGGUUCCAGUUGCGAGGGUUGACCAAGAAGGAGAUGAAGAGGGAGCGAAGCUACUGGUCUUGGGAGUACACCUGGUUUGGAACAAUAGCGAUGGUCCUCCAGCUGAUACCCGUGCUGAGCUUCUUCUUCCUCUUGACUACCAGUGCUGGAGCCGCUUUGUGGGUGACAAAACUGGAGGAGAGGUCGCGGGUCAGAGUUGGACGGCCCGUUACUGCCAAUGACCAGGCUGCCCGGAACCAGCCCGAAGAGCCUGUGUACCAUGAUGGCAUCUACCAUGAUGAUCCGGUAUAG